CCCUCGCUCGCCUCAGGCAGGACUCUAGGGGGCGCUGCCGCCAACCAGACGGGAAAGAAGGAAGGCGAUGCUAAAACGCGCUUAAACUUGGGCACCGCCGCUGCCCGUAGCCGACGUCCCCAACAUGGCACCUCCUCAAGACGUCCACGUCCGAAUCUGUAACCAAGAUAUUGUCAAAUUCGACCUGGAGGUGAAGGCGCUUAUCCAGGAUAUUCGAGAUUGUUCAGGACCAUUAAACGCACUUACUGAACUGAACACUAAAGUGAAAGAGAAGUUUCAACAGUUGCGGCACAGAAUACAGGAGCUUGAACAGUCUGCUAAAGAGCAAGACAAAGAGUCAGAGAAGCAAGUUCUGCUUCAGGAAGUGGAGAAUCACAAAAAGCAGAUGCUCAGCAAUCAGACCUCAUGGAGGAAAGCUAAUCUCACUUGCAAAAUUGCUAUCGACAAUCUAGAGAAAGCAGAACUUCUCCAGGGAGGAGACCUCUUAAGGCAAAGGAAAACCACCAAAGAGAGCCUGGCGCAAACGUCCAGCGCCAUCACAGAGAGCCUCAUGGGGAUCAGCAGGAUGAUGUCUCAGCAAGUCCGGCAGAGCGAGGAAGCCAUGCAGACGCUAGUAAAUUCUUCACGGACUAUCCUGGAUGCAAAUGAAGAAUUUAAGUCCAUGUCGGGGACCAUCCAGUUGGGACGGAAGCUCAUUACAAAAUAUAAUCGCCGAGAGCUGACGGACAAGCUUCUCAUUUUCCUUGCCCUGGCCCUUUUUCUUGCUACAGUCCUCUAUAUUGUAAAAAAGCGGCUCUUUCCAUUUUUGUAAGAUCUGCGAGCUGUCAGCUUUUUCCCUUUAAGCUCGGGGGUGAGGAUCCAUCCAUGCCUCUGAGCUCUGUCCCAGGCUGCCAAAUGGAUCCAUUCCCCACAGUCUGCUCUAGUUGCUUAGCAGGUCGGAUGGAGAUGCAGCUCCCCCUGGUUUCUGCAAGUGGCUGGCUUGUAAAGGGUGAGCAGCUCAAGGGGAGGGAGCCUGUCCUCACGGUGCCUUCAGGGACACAGGACUCCAAGAGCCCUUAAACAGUGUGGGUGGCUGCCACAUGGGGCACUCAGAGGCCAGCCUCUGGAUUUGAUGUUCCUUCUCACUCUCCCUCUCUGGCUGUGGCCUGAUGCCCGAUCUGGUGGAGGGGAGAGGGAAGGGGGAAAACAGGAUGAUGAAAACUCAUGUCCAUUCCUUGAAUAAACUUGACUGUAUGUAAUAGCA